AUCUGGAUUUUGAGGCUCAGCUCAGUAGCUGUUACGACGAAUAACGCGCAAACUUAAGAUCUGAGUUCACCGCCGAUGGAGGCAGAAGGAGACGCUUUGAGAGCAGCUAAUGAAAACUUCCGAAUUUUACUGAAACUCGUCAAAUUCCGUGAAGCUUAGCAGAAUCGGAGCGCUACAUUUUCGUUGAGGGGUACAGUGUUGUUGAAAGUUUGGGCAAGUCUGAAACAUGAAGAUGUCCACAGAGUCUCCAGCGCUGCUUUGCUGACUGGCUAUCGGUUGGCACCGGGUUCUGCCUGUCCUUUCAUUGGAGACGAAUUCCAUGUGGGACGGGCCAGUAACUUCACAUGAACGUCGAGUUGCCAAGGUUAAGUCAGAUUUUCAUUUGAACCGUUCACUUUAUUUCUCUGUGUGUCUGUGUUUCUCACCUCCUUCUCCCCUCAUCUGACCUUGGAAUUUUCGAUUGGGUUUCUGGGACCAAUCGGAGCUGUUGGGCGUCUUCAAAAAGGAGCGGGAUCAACGGGACCUUCCACUCGGCACGGUGUAGGCAGGAGGACGCUUCAACAGCAGGCGCGAGUGAAGGGAUUGGGGGCAGCAAAGGGGAGGUAUCCUGGUUACGUGAACCUUCAAACAUCUGCAUUUCUUGAAAUCCAUUUGCAAACCUUUCAAAUUUGCCACAAGCUGGCCUGGGGACAAUCGAAGCAACUUGCCUCUUUUUUCAGUCCGCUCCAGCACAGUGAAGCACACUCUUUCCCUGCCCCCCACCACCCCCCAGAUGUAUUCCGUAGGUUCGAGCCGAAUCUUCGACCCCUACGUGCAGGUGAUCCAAAACGCCAAUUUCACUCAGUACAUCUGGAGCAAGUCCUUGUUGCAGCCCCUGUGGGACUACCUGCGCACCCAGCACCAGGACGCUCUCCGCUCGCCCCUCUUCCCCGUGGUCAUGUCGGUCUCCACCUAUUUCGCUGUGUGCACCUUCUACAUGAUGCUCGACCUGCUGGCUCCCAGGUGCCCGCUCAUCAGGAAGUACAAGAUCCACCCCGAGCAGCAUGUCACCUGGGAAGACAUCUUCAAGACCCUGUGGCACACUGGCUACAACCACCUGAUCUAUGUGUUUCCAGCCGCCGUGGGUCAGUGGUAUUGGCGGCCACCGAUCCCUCUACAGGAGGAAGCACCGCUGGUCUCCGAGUUUCUCAUUGGCAUCCUGGGCUGUACAAUCCUCUUCGACUUCCAGUACUACUUCUGGCACAUGAUGCACCACAAAAUCCGCUGGCUCUACACCACUUUCCAUGCCAUCCACCACGAAUACUAUGCCCCCUUCUCCUGGUCCACUCAGUACCUCUCCGCCUGGGAGUUGGUCAGCGUUGGCUUCUGGACGACCAUCGACCCAAUUAUCCUGCAGUGCCACUGCCUCACCGGCUUCACUUUCAUGGUCUUCAACAUCUGGAUCUCCGUCGACGAUCACAGCGGCUACGACUUCCCGUGGGCCCUUCACAAUCUCAUCCCGUUCGGCCUGUGGGGCGGGACGGUCAAACACGACACUCACCACCAGAAACCCCAGAGCCACUUCGCGCCUUUCUUCUCUCACUGGGACUGGCUUUGCGGCACCCACUGUGAUUGCAGGCGCUCGCCCGCCGUCUCGGAGAUGCAAGCGAAGACACGCAAAGCGCGCCAAGACCACAAGUAACAACCGCCCUUAAGUUUCAUCCGAUCGGGCCGCGGACCCCGGGGGGAACUCUACCCCAAUCUCGAGCAAUGUGAACUGUAGGUAUAUUCUGAUGCUCACAGGCUCUAGAUUAUAUUUAUUAUAGAGCUUUUUUUAAAGAAACGAACGGAAACACUUGGAGUGUGGCUAAGUGUGAAUAUAUGCGAAAUUUAGGUGUGUUCCAUUUUAUUAUUUCAACUAGGCAAACCUGUCGUAACAAUGUCCGGCUUUAACAAUGUGCCAGAUUUAGGAAUGUUUUCGAUCACCUUGUGUAUUGUGCCAGAUUUAGGAAUGUUUUCGAUCACCUUGUGUAUUGUGGAGUGGAAAAAGCGAGAAUGAACCCUCUCCAUUCAGUCUGUUUUCCAAACGUGCGCCGCUUUCACUGAAAGACGGAUAAACUGUGUAUUUUAAGAGGCGGCGCGGAAUGCCUACAUCACUGUAAAUAUGUGCCUUGUUUUGGAAAAUAUUGUAUGUCUUGGAAUUCAAAUAAAAGCGAUUAGUUUGUACUCA